AGAUCGACCAGCCAUUCUGGGAAUGGGACCAAAACUCUCUAUUAAAAUAAACUUCACUCUUUUUUGCAUGAUACCACCUCAAAGACAUCUAUUUAUUCAAAAGGAAUAAACUUUUAUUUAUUUUUUUUACAGUAAGUCCAUUCAAGAGUUUUUUUUAAGGAUAAAAGACAAGAAAAUUUCCAAUGGGAUAAAACUUCAGUAUUCUGUUUUUUUCUUUGCUUUUUCAUUGUUCACCCUUUUAUUUUUGAUUGAGGAAAUUUUCAAAUGAAUCUUUUAAAGUGAGGUGGGAAAACAUUCUUUACAAGCUUCCUAUUGGAAUAAAGCAGAGCAAGUCUUUUGUUAGAGAGGCUGUGAUUGUCUAAAGGUGGGUCCCAGGGGGCCCCCGUUGCAUGGCGCUGAUAGGUGUAGGUCCAGUCAGGGGAGUUUACUGGUUUCAAUCAGAUGGAAAAAUGGCAAAGUGGUUCAAGGAUUUCCCAAUAACUCUGAAGAAUGGUACGGACAAGAUCCGCUCAGUGGUUGAGCCAGGCUCCCAAAGGAAAGCAAAUAAAGCUGGAUUUGGGGCCAAAACGGGCCAUCGCAAAGGCUCCCCUGCAGACAGCACAGCAGGAGGUGGUGGAGGUGUUGGCUCCUUGUUGUCCGGAAGGAACCGAAAGAACUCAGAGGUCAGAAACGGAGCUGGAUCCCAGAAGGAUGGGAAAGUUUGGGACACCUUGGUGUCUGGAAAAAGCCGCAAAAACUCCAAAGCAGAGGCGGUGCUGGAGGAGAUGCACAGACCCCCAAAGUCCACCCCGCCCGCCUGCGGCUACAUGAGCCGAAUGGUGAGAGUGGACAAACAGGACAAAAGCCCCAAUUUCACUACAGUAAGUGGUACCGUCAGCAGUCCACUGGACCCUGAAGUGGAGAAACCUGCUGCCCUGAGCAAAACGGAAACUCUGGUUAUUCUGGAGGACUAUGCGGACCCCUUCGAUGCUCAGAGAACCAGAGAGCAGAGGGAUGCAGAGAGAUCUGGAGAGAACGAUGGCUACAUGGAGCCGUACGAUGCCCAACAAAUGAUAACUGAGAUCAGACGAAGGGGAUCUAAAGACUUGCUGAAGGUGUGUGCGCCUACUGAUGGCAGUGAAGGAGCUGCAGAGAAAGGUCAGCCAGCUGCCAUCUAUGAUGACCCAUAUGAGGGAAGUGCUGACAGUAAGAAGACGGCUGUGGUGAAGCCAAAGCUGGACCAGCGACCCGUCACUGAAUACGAGCUUGCCUGGGAGUGGAGGAAGGAGCACAUUGUCAGGACUCUGUCGGCACAAUUCGACAGCCCAGUCAAAGAAGAGAUGUGCCAUCAAACACUCACAAGACAGACCCAGUUGCAGCAGCAUCAGAGGCAGAAAAGCAAAAGCCAGAAAAACUUGAGAUCCUCUCACCCAACUCUGCUGCCAUCUUCAGCUCGCUGCGGCAGCCCAGAUGGUGAGACCUGCUGUGUGGACCCCUCACUUCCCCUUGAAAAACAGAGCUGGUACCAUGGUUAUGUGACCAGACAGGAGGCGGAGUCACAGCUGCAGUCCUGCAAAGAGGCCAGCUUCCUGGUCAGGAACAGCGAGUCUGACAACAGCAAGUACUCCAUUGCCCUCAAGACGAGUCAGGGCUGUGUUCACAUCAUUGUGGCCCAGACUAAAGAGAACAGCUACACCCUGGACCAGAGCAGCUGUGUGUUUCCCAGCAUCCCAGAGGUGGUGCACCAUUACUGCACCAGGCGCCUGCCUUUCAACGGAGCCGAGCACAUGACGCUGCUCCACCCUGUGCCUCGUCUGCAGUGACUAUGACCUUAAAACCUCAAGUUUAUAAAGCAGGGAGUAGAGAAAAUAAUUACAACAUUAUUUUUAUUGCAUCUAAAAAAAAAUCCCACUGAUAUGUUAUUUUAGUUGAUUUAAUGUCUAUCUAAACUCUGUUUAGGGCCCUCAGUUGGUUUAUUUUACUUUUAGUUUGAGUGAAUGUGCAGCUUAUGCAAAACAUCAAGGCUGCUAUUUUGCAUCUAAAUACGCUCAGCAGAAAUAACAAGGCACUUUUUGUCUGAUUUAAAUGUGACCUGAGUUCAAGAAGGGAUAACAGAUGUGUUAUUAGCCAUGUCCCUAAACACUGCUGCUAUUUUAUUGUUAUUUAGUUACAUUUGAGGAUAAUGGAAACUUUUUGUUUGGCAUUCUCUUCUGCCUUCUAGUGGACAAGGACAUAUCCUACACCUGCUUACAAAAGUAUGACUUUUUUUCUCUUUGCUUAAAAGCCAAUUUAUCUAUUUCUAAAGAUGUAUAAAAACCCUGCGAGCUUGGUGACAUUAUAUGAAAUAGUAAUUUAUGCAUUUGAUUUCUGUACCCAUUGUCCCAUGAGGAUGUUUCCCCUCUGUGAACGAGGAAACAUUUUCCACUGCAUUUUGUGCACUGGGAAUAAUGUGUGAUUCACCCUAAAGCAAUGUGCUAAACAGAGUGCCAGCUUUGUAGUGAUUAUACUUUUUACAAGAGCUAAGAAUAUCAGGUUAAACAUGUCUGCUCAUUUAUAGGAACAUUACAGUGAUUUCCAAUCGGUGGAGAGGUAGAGGUCUAUCUAUUAGUACUUUGGAGAUGACUUUCAUUGUCGUCUGUUAAUAUGUUGCACACAUGCUUUUCCCUGUUGGAACAAACCAGAAUCAAAUAAGUAGGUCAUUUGCAGGACUCUGGAGAACAUUAAUUCAACCAAUAAGGUAAUUAAGUCAUUUAAUUCAGGCGUGUUGGAGCAGGGAGAAAUCUAAAAGUCACAGGAUUCAAGGACUUGAGCUUGCUCCAGAUUAUUCAACAUCCUACUUCUCUCCUAUGCUCUCUUGUUUUUAGUUUAUGUAGGAUUUGGAUCUAGGUUCUGUGUCUAGUGAAGUAUUUCUAGUUAAUUUGGGCAUAUGGUUUUGAUCAUUGUGCUGUCAUAAAAAACAACAGUGGCACAAAUGUCACAUUAGUAGUAGAGCCAAGUAGUAUUGGCUUCUAAAUCUAAAUCUCUAUAAUGUAGUCUAAAAAAAGUUUUUAAAGGUAUA